CAUCACAGGACUACAGCAGUGUCGGUCUGACUGGCUAGCAUUUCCUUGGGAUCAAAGCGGUUUGUUGAAAUUUGAAAUGAAGCUCUUCUUUGUUUUGGCUGCCUUUGCAAUGGCCGUCUCGGUGGUCAACGGCUAUUCCGACGAUGACGCCUGGAAGGACUACAAGAAAAAGCACAAGUUGGAUUACAACAUCGAAGAUGACGGUGGAAAGCGAGACGGAUUGCGCAAGAAGAUUUUCCUCAACAAUCGAGAAAAAAUUAAUAAGCAUAACAGCCAUACAAAAAGCUAUUUAAGGAAACUAAAUCAAUUUGCCGCUAUGGGCACCUGGGAAAAGAAACGAUACCUCGGUGUCAAUCCUUCCAAGGCCCCUAAAGCUAAUUUUCUCAAGUCCAUUCCGGUUAACUUGCAAAGUCGCCAACUUCCUUCAAGUUUGGACUACCGUUUCGACCCCUGUAUGCCGGAGAUUAAAGACCAGGGAUAUUGUGGAAGCUGCUGGGCGUUUACCACCAUUACUCCGCUCGAAUUCUCUCAAUGCAAGCUAACCGACAGCCCCGUUGUAUUGAGCGAGCAACACUUGGUCGAUUGCGACAACACUAAUGGUGGAUGCAACGGCGGGUGGUACACUUCCGCUUGGGACUAUCUACAAUCCAACAGUGGAGCUGUCAAAGAGACACUUUACCCUUACAACGCCAAGGAGGCUGUUUGCAAAUUCAAAACCUCGAUGACCGGAGCCCAGGUAGCGUCGUACGAUUACGUUCAAAGUAACAACGCCACAGCCAUGCAAGUAGCCCUGAUGGAAUACGGUCCUCUCGCAACUGCUCUCACUGUCAUAGAGUCGUUUUUCGCUUAUGGGGCCGGAGUUUACGACGAUCUAGAAUGUGAUGGACAGUCUGUCAAUCACGCUGUUGUCAUCGUUGGCUGGGGCAAUCAAAACGGAGUUGACUACUGGGUCGGCCGCAACUCGUGGGGAACCACCUGGGGAACUAAUGGCUACUUUCUAAUCCAACGUGGUGUCAACAAAUGCGGAAUCGAAAACUAUCCAGCCUAUGUUGCAGCAGCAGCUUAAGUCCUGUUGUUUUUCGCUGAUUUGUUUCCAUCGGUUUCAAUAUUUAUAAAAUUUCUCAGUCUACUGACUGAGAAAUACCAUUUUAAAAAAUUGUGUUGCGGUGAUGGAAAACUCCCAAUAAAUCUUUUAAAUCCAAA